GGAAAAUGCAGAAGAGGCGGAGGCGAGAGCUGGGGGGAAAUCCAGAAGAGGCCUCAACCUUGACUUACUUUCAAGCUAAAAUUACCGGUUGUCAAAGCAUGUUCUUCUUUACAUUUAUUGUAUGAUCCAAUCUCUUUGCAUCUAUUGCAAACAACAAGUGUUUCUUCCUGCUGUAACUUAAAACAUCUAUUCUUUUCUUCAAUUACGUGUUGCGUACUUCCUAUCAAAGCUCCCACUUUCUUGCUUUUGAUUUGGAAUGAUUGGUGAGAAAAACGGAGUUGUCCCUAAGCACA